ACAGGCAUGCUCAGAGGGUAACAACUGGAGAUGCAGAACAUAACCAGUCCUGUAAUGGAAUUUGUUCUCCUGGGUUUCAACAACAGUCUUAAGAUUCAGCAAUCCCUCUUCACAGUCUUCUGCCUUGUCUAUCUGAUGACCUGCUUGGAAAACAUCACCAUCCUCACCACUGUUAUCACUGACUACCACCUACACACACCGAUGUACUUCUUCCUGGCCAACUUAGCGUUCACAGAUAUUGCUGAAUCAUCAGUCACUACUCCCAUUCUGUUGUCAAGUCUCCUCUCCCAGCCCAGAUCUGUUCCAGUCAAGGAAUGCAUGCUUCACAUGUUUUUGUUCCACUUCAUCGGUGGUGCUCAUAUCUUUCUUCUUGCAGUGAUGGCAGCUGAUCGCUAUGUGGCUAUUGUUAAGCCCUUGCAGUACCUGACUGUAAUGAACCGUGCAGUGUGUUUAGGUCUAGUUGUAGGGUCAUGGGCAGGAGGAUUCAUUCACUCUGCAACACAGAUUACUCUGCUUCUCCCUUUACCUUAUUGUGGUCCAAACACCCUGGACAAUUUCCACUGUGAUGUCCCACACGUACUGAAAGUGGCCUGCAUUGACACCUACCUGAUAGAGCUGCUGAUGGUCUCAAAUGGUGGACUGCUCCUCAUACUAAUUUUUGUCUUGCUGCUUAUUUCAUACACUGUCAUCUUAGUCAAGAUAAGGAGGCAGUUCACCAAAGGAAAGCACAAAGCUUUUUCUACCUGCAUAGCACAGAUAAUGGCAGUAAGUAUAACAUUCAUUCCAGGAAUAUUCAUCUAUGCUCGGCCCUUCAAGACAUUUGCACUGGACAAAGUGGUCUCUAUCUUCUUCACUGUGGUUGUUCCAGUGCUGAAUCCCAUGGUCUACACCCUGAGAAAUGCUGAAAUGAAAAAGGCCAUCAGGAGACUUUAUUUCAAGGGUUCUGUUCUCAGAAGGAACGGGAAUAGCUUAACUCCCUGCUAAAUGGUCAUCCUUUUGCUUUGUAACUGGUGUAACUUAUCAUUAUUGAAAUAUCUGAACUUCCAGCAAAGACAACUGCAGAAGAGAAAUUCUUUCUGGAGAACUGUUGGAGGAAACUUGGAUCCCUUUACAUUAAGUGCAGUUCCCAUCCAUACAGCCUGUAGAGUGCAGAGCAAGUGACAUCACUUUAACAAGAAAUCAGGUUGUUUGCAGGAGUAGAGGGAUCCUGCUGGCUUUUCACCACUAUCAUUCCUGUUACCAUCUGUAAUGCUGAGUGACUUGUCUCUUUUGAAACCAGGAAUUCCUUAUCUAUGUCAUUCAGUCAUAAUUGUAUCCCAAUACAACCAACCUGGGCCUAAUCCUGCAACAUUAAAACCAGUUUCCAUAUUGAGAUCAAGCAAAAGAACUCCUCCCUAUUGAUAUGGUUAUGCUAGCCUUUGCAGGCUGUCUCUGUUAGGAAACAGCACAGACUUCAUCUAAUUUGGUGAACUGACAGUAAAGGCAGUAAAGGAUGGGGCAGGAGAUCUUUCAGUAUAAUGUUCAUUUUCCUUUAGUUUGCUUGCUCAAGGAACAGGCAGCGAGAGCCAUCGCAGGGUAAAUUCACUGCCUCACUUCAGAAACUUCACAACAACUACUUAAUGCCUAAGUGGUUUUUUACAUCUUCGAUGUAGUGUUUGUUUCACUCCCUCCAGGGAACUUAGCUUGCCUGUGGAUUACUGGAACUCCAUAAUUAAAACACAGGAGAACCAGAGUUAAGGAAACUUCACUUAAGCUUCUAAUGACUUUGCUUCUGGGAGCUGAUCUACUUUGAAAUCUGUGAGAAGAGCCAGAGAAUUGAUUUUUGCUUGUUUUAUUCCUUGUAAAGACAAGACUGGAAGAAAUCUCUCUUUAC